UAUGUCGUACUUGAUUUUGUCAACUGCAACUGGGGGGAGGAAGUCCCUCCGUCGAGCCUACUAUAUGUUCUGACCUGUUGAUGAACGGCUGUUAAAUACUCAGACGGGAUGUGAAGGAGAACCUGUGCUCGGAGGUUCCACGUAACCCAAAAGAUCGUAGAUACAACUCCUCUAACACGAUGGACUCCAAGAAACUGAGCAAGCUGCACACUUUUCGAAAGAGGGUGAUGCCUCAUUUCCGGCGUGACAAGAAUUCCAAACCGCACAUCCUCCAGCUGGAUCACAACAUGGACCAUCGGAUGAGCAUCUCUGUUCCAGACAUUAGGGUCGUGAGAGAGGACCACAGUCAUGUUUGCUCCAACACGCAGCUCCAGCAGCACAAAACUCCGAGCUGCAAUGGAAACUCCAAACAGCGUGGAAGUGCUGGGAGUGGCCUGCAGGUACCGGAAGGAGGAGUUUUAAGGAGUGAUCACAGACUGAGCAUACCUUCAGACUGGGUUCUGUCUCAGGAGACAUUCAAUGACCUCUGUGGACAAGAGGACGUUUACUUAGAGAGGUAUCUUAGAGGGAUGGAGCUGGAAACACCGGUCGUGCCUGAGAUAUUAACAGACAUCAGUCCAGACGUCCCCAGUGAAGAUGUUUCACCGGACAACACACAGAGUGAGAUGGGUGUUGAGACUGAGCUGGUCCCAGAAAACAACUCGGAUCUUCGUCGCUCCUUCCUGCUCAACAUCCACCUGAAGGAAGGACGCAACCUGGUCAUCAGGGACCGCUGUGGCACCAGCGACCCUUAUGUGAAGUUCAAGAUGGAAGGAAAAACCAUCUACAAGAGCAAAGUGGUUUAUAAAAACCUGAACCCUGUGUGGAGCGAGUCCUUCUCUUUGCCUGUGAAGGAUCUGAAUCAGAGUCUUUAUAUCAAGGUAUACGACCGUGAUCUCACAACUGAUGACUUUAUGGGUUUUGCCUGCGUCCAGCUGAAUGAGUUGGUUGUUGACAGAGUCCAUGAGAAGACAUUGCAGUUGAAUGAUCCAAACACCCUGGAGGAGGACAUGGGAGUCGUGUUGGUGGACUUGAGUCUGUCCCGCCGAAACGAAGACGGCAAGAAAGGCAGUAGGUGGAGCCGAAAGCGAAGUCCUGGGGCAGGGACAGUUCCAGUCUCUCGGCUGUUAGACUCCCUAAAGAAGAGCCAGCUCUGGACGUCUGUGGUGACGGUGACUCUGGUCGAAGGUCGGGACCUGCCAGCAGAUUCCCAGACUGGGUCCUUCUACAUUUGCUUCAAACUGGGGGAGCAGCAAUAUAAAAGCAAGAGUCAUUGCAAAGUGCCCAAUCCUCAGUGGAGAGAGAGGUUCACCCUCAAACAGUUCGUUAACCAGGCGCACAUCGUGGAGGUGGAGCUCUGGUCCAAAGAUGGACGUAGGACGGAGGAACGCUUGGGAGCGUGUGAUGUGGACCUGUCUAAGUUCUCUCUCAACAAGAGGCAGCUGUUCACGUUGAACCUUUCUCCGCUCAGAGGAACUUUGGUCUUCCUCAUGAAAACGAGCCCCUGCAGCGGCGUCUCCAUCUCUGACCUCGGCGCCGCGCCGCUCAGUGAACCUCAGGAACGACGGUACCAGCUGGAAAAAUACAGUCUGAAAAGUUCCCUGAGCAACAUCCAUGACAUCGGUUUCCUUCAAGUCAAAGUUCUCCGGGCUACAGAUCUGCUGGCUGCUGAUUUAAACGGCAAGAGUGACCCUUUCUGCGUGUUGGAAUUGGGCAACGACAGGUUGCAGACCCAAACCAUCAAUAAGAACCUCAACCCAGAGUGGAACCAAGUCUUCACCUUCCCUGUCAAAGACAUUCAUGACGUUCUGAUGGUGACCAUCUUUGAUGACGAUGGAGACAAGGCACCAGACUUUCUAGGGAAAGUUGCCAUCCCCCUGCUCUCGAUCCGCGGGGGACAGCAGACGACCCACCUGCUGAAGAAGAAGGACCUAGGUCGGCUGCUGAAGGGGAGCAUCACUCUGGAGCUGGAGGUUAUUUUUAACCCGGUCAAAGCCAGUAUAAGAACCUUCCAGCCAAAGGAGAGAGUGUUCAUGGAGGAUAACUCCAAAUUUUCCAAAAAGACGAUGGCCAGGAACGUGGCCCGUGUUCGUGCAAUUUACGGAGCCAUCAUGUCGAAUCUACAGUACAUCAAAAGCUGCUUCCAGUGGGAGAGUGUUCAGAGGAGCCUGCUAGCCUUCCUGGUUUUCGUUGUCACCGUGUGGCACUGGGAGUUCUACAUGCUGCCCUGUUUCCUGGCUCUGCUCAUCAGCUGGAACUACUUUCAGAUCCGUUUUCGACGCGUCAGCCACGAGGUGAGCAGCAUGGAUUUGGCGGAUGAUGAAGAGGAUGAUGAGAAGGAGUCGGAGAGGAAGGGACUCAUCGAUAAAAUCCACACGAUCCAGGACAUAGUCAUCACCGUCCAGAACCUGCUGGACGACGUUGCCUGUUUAGGGGAGAGGAUUAAAAACAUCUUCAACUGGUCGGUGCCCUUCCUGUCAGCUCUGGCUCUGCUGAUCUUCGUGGCUGCUGCUGUUCUCACGUACUACGGAUCGGUUCGCUACAUCAUCUUAUUAUGGGGUAUCAAUAAAUUCACCAAGAAGCUGCGGAACCCGUACAGCAUCGACAACAAUGAGGUGCUUGAUUUCCUCUCCAGGGCUCCCUCAGAUGUGCAGAAGGUUCAGUACAACGAGCCGAGGAGCAGCAGGAGGAGGAGGGUUCUGUAGAAACGGGAUGAAGAUGGACCUGGAGCUGCUUAGAUCCUCUCAGCCGGACCGGUCCUAUCUCAGGACUCGUCCAUGUGUGUUUGUCUAUUUUAUGUACAGUUUUUAGUCAUAUCAAUCAGAGGCUGCUGUAUUUAAUAUUUUUGUCUCAUUGAAUCGGUGGAUUAGACUUCAUUUAUGAAACAUCAUUUCUGUAAAAUAGCAUGACUUUGCUGUUUGGAUAAUUGUGAUGGGCUGUUUUAAAUUAGCAUCACAUUCCUGUAUUGUUUACUCGAGAAAUCAGACUUGUGUUGUUCCAGACAGAAAUGAUAUGAAGACAAGUGCCUUCCCCUGUCCUCUCUGCAUGUGGGUCAUCGGGCCUGAGCUGUAAACACUUUAUUUAUUAUUGACGGGAGCUCAUGAAGAUCUCAGGUCUUUUAUUUUCAACGGCAAUAAAUCUGCACACACUG